CAAAAUUCUCUAACAUCGAUUUACCAAACGCCAAUUGGCUCUCUUACAAUUACAAUUACAAUUACAAUUGCCUUCGGACUUCCUCAAGAUCUCUUCUUCAUCAUCAUUUCUAAUUCCCAUAACCAGAAAAACCAGAUUACAGAUUAUUUCUUAAAACAGCACAAAUUAAUUUUAACUGUUUUUUGUCAAUCUCGAUUCUUUAACAGCUUAUCAUUCCUAUUUCUUCUUCUUUACAACAAUGCCUUCUCCAAUUCUUCCUCUAACAAUCAACCAAUCUUCAAAAUCCUCUUCCUUUCUUCACCCAAUACCUCCGGCACCAAUGCCCACCUCUUCAAUAUUGCUAAAACAAGGGAUUCUUGACGACUCAACUAGUAGGCUUUUGAUUUCAUCUUCAUUUCACGAAGAAAUUAAGCCUUUAUUACCGAGAACUUCUAGUUUUGCCGAUACUACUGCCACCACAGCCUCUACCUCUGCAAAUUCUUAUCAACAGCAAAGACGGCGGCGGGUCGCUAGUGAUAGUAACCUCCCGGACCUUUCUGAUGCCGGUAGUCAGCACCAAUCCUUUAGUCGUGAUGUGGGUCAUGCCGCUUCUGAAACGUUUCUGCUUACGAGAUUGACUCUCAAGCUCUUGAGAUAUCUCGGGAUAGGUUACAAAUGGAUCAUGAGAUUCCUUGCUCUUGGUUGUUACUCUAUGAUGCUUACGCCAGGUUUUAUUCAAGUUGGAUAUUACUAUUUCUUCUCCAGUCAAGUCCUGAGAAGUAUAGUUUAUGGUGAUCAACCAAGAAAUAGGCUUGAUCUGUAUUUACCAAAAAGCAGUGAUGGGCCAAAGCCAGUUGUUGCAUUUGUAACUGGUGGGGCCUGGAUUAUCGGUUAUAAAGCAUGGGGUUCUCUUUUAGGGAAACAGUUAUCGGAAAGGGAUAUCAUAGUGGCUUGCAUAGAUUACAGAAAUUUCCCUCAGGGAACCAUGAGCGAUAUGGUGGAGGAUGCUUCUCAAGGCAUCUCAUUUGUAUGCAAUAACAUUGCUCAAUAUGGAGGUGAUCCUAACCGAAUUUAUUUAAUGGGACAAUCAGCUGGUGCACAUAUUGCUGCUUGUACUCUUCUAGAGCAGGCAAUCAAGGAGGCUGGUGAAGGAGAAAGCAUUACUUGGAGUCUGUCCCAGAUUAAGGCUUAUUUUGGACUUUCUGGAGGCAGGUACAAUUUGUUAAAACUCGUAGAUUAUUUCCACAGUCGUGGUUUAUAUCGUUCUGUCUUCUUAAGCAUAAUGGAAGGAGAAGAAUCCUUACGAAGAUUUUCACCUGAAGUAAUUGUAAAGGACCCCAGUGUGAAAAAUGUGGUUUCUCUGCUACCUCCUAUUGUUCUUUUUCAUGGUACUGCAGAUUACUCUAUUCCAGCAGACGCCAGUACAAGUUUUGCUGAAACUCUUCAAGGACUUGGAGUUAAAGCUGAAUCAAUUUUAUAUGAAGGCAAGACUCAUACAGAUGUGUUCCUUCAGGAUCCAAUGAGAGGGGGAAAAGAUCAGAUGUUUGAAGAUUUAGUUGCCAUUAUUCAUGCUGGUGAUGCAGAAGCUGAGGCCAAAGAUGCAGUGGCUCCUCCAAGAAGACGCCUUGUACCAGAGUUCAUGUUACAGGUGGCUCGUAGAGUCAGCCCUUUCUAACACCACCAAUAAGCUUCUUGUUUAUUCUUUCUACUCAUUGUACAUAUCAUUAACGCAACUUGAUUAUUUCUUCUUUCUGUUCAAUUCCCCCCUCGUUUAAGCUCAUAGUAGCUCUCAGUUGAUAAUAGAAGUGUUUUGACUAAGUCAAUACAUUAAAAGCUAUAUGAAAAGCUGUUACCCAACAAAAUCUUUUUUAUAAA